UGAUUGAGUUGCCAGUAACUGGGUAUCUGCCUUCUUCCCUUCCGGACAAUGUCAGUCAGAGGGGCGCACGGGAGCGAGUUCCGGAGACGUAGGAAACUGGGGGAUAUCCAGAAGGCUCUGAGGAAGGAGCCCCCAGAUGUGGCCACCCUGCGACGUAUGGCAAUCAGUGAAGGUGGGCUACUGACUGACCAGAUACGUUGCCAGGUGUGGCCCAGACUGCUGAAUGUCAGUGUGGAACAAUUGCCCCCUGCUGCUGGGCCUGAACUCCGCGUGGGCAACAAGGAUUACCAGCAGGUGUUACUGGAUGUUCGUCGCUCGCUCCGGCGCUUCCCCCCAGGGAUGCCCCUCAGUGAGCGGGAAGACUUGCAGGAGCAGCUGAUAGACAUCAUUUUGCAGGUGUUGUCCCAGAACCCCCAGUUGCACUAUUAUCAGGGCUACCAUGAUAUUGUGGUGACCUUCCUGCUGGUGGUGGGGAGCCGACUGGCGACUGUUUUGGUAGAUAAACUUUCCACUCAUCACCUCAGAGAUUUUAUGGAUCCAACCAUGGAUAAUACCAAGCACAUCCUCAACUACCUGAUGCCAAUCAUAGAGCUGGUGAACCCGUCACUGUAUGACUUCAUGCAGAGGUGCGAAGCCCGUUCUCUUAACACCCCCACCACACAAAUCUCUCCUUUGCUCAUAUUUCCAUGUCUUUCUGCUAGGGCGGAGGUUGGCACCAUCUUUGCACUGAGUUGGCUCAUCACCUGGUUUGGACAUGUCCUAUCUGACUUCCCACAAGUAGUGAGGUUGUACGACUUCUUCCUGGCAUGUCACCCGCUCAUGCCCAUCUACUUUGCUGCUGUGAUUGUGUUGCACAGGGAGGAGGAGGUGCUGGAGUGUGAGUGUGACAUGGCGUCUGUGCAUCAUCUGCUCUCAAAGAUUCCCCAGGACCUUCCAUAUGAAAUUCUCAUCAGCCGAGCGGGGGACCUCUUUGUUCAGUUCCCCCCAUCUGAGCUUUCACGGGAAGCAGUUGUACAACUUCAAACUCAAAGGACCGCAGCCUCUACUUUCAAAGACUUUGAAUUGGCCUCUACCCAGCAACACCCAGACACUGUGCUGCGCCGCCGCUUCAGAGACUCGGUCCAGGGAGAUCAUGGAGCAAAGUCUGUUCUCACCAAACCUCGCAGCAACCGCUUGAUGAAGUUAGCAGUCAUGGGCCUGACCGUAGCUAUAGGGGCAGCUGCUUUAGCUGUUGUGAAAAGUGCAUUGGACUGGGCCCCCAAGUUUGAGCUGCAGAUCUUCCCAUAAGUGACUGCAGGGGGUGUUCGGAGACAUGUGCCAAGGAGUUACAUCAGGACAUGUGAUGCUGUGUUAAGAUUCGCUGUUUGUGGAGCGCACUGGUGAUUUGCCCAUCCACAUGUCUGUCGGAGUCACCAGCCAAUGGUCACUGGGUGCGGGACACAUUUUGCCUUGUAUAUACCUGUAUUGACCUUGUAUAUACCUUUAUUUGCCUUGUAUAUACGUUUGUACAGAUAAAUGCCUAACACUGA